UAGCGAUUACGAGAAGGCGAACAUCACAACAUUCUAUGAGUGCGGUGGAAUUGUCAGUAGAGUUCAGUGGUGGCGCUGAGCUUUUGUUUGGCAAAGUUAAGAAACACUGUGUGACGUUACCAGCUCAAGAAGAAUUGUGGACGAUCGGAUUGUUGUUGUAUUGGAUUAGAGACAAUCUUCUGCUAGAAAGGCCUGAACUGUUCAUGCAGGGACAGACGGUGAGACCAGGGAUACUCGUACUGGUGAAUGACACCGACUGGGAGCUACUGGGAGAACUGGAGUAUCAGAUCAGAAGUGGGGACAAGAUUGUAUUUAUAUCAACUUUACAUGGAGGAUAGAGAUAAACAAUUUAAAGUAGUGAUUGAUACCAUGGGUUAGUCUCACAUAGACAGACCCUUUCCGAAAGGCUCUGGCUAUGCAAGACUAUCGUCAUGGGUGUUUGUAACAAAGCAAUGAAUGUGUAUGAUAUCAAGUAUCAGUAGUUGAUAUGUUAUAGUAUGUGCUGCUGCAUAUAAUCUAGUUUCAAGCACACUAACAGGGUACAAUGGACAAAAAAUUGAGCUUGCUGACAUGACAGUGCACGAUUCUCUUGUAAUUUAUUUUAAUGGCACAUACUGAGGUUUGAAAUGUUGUGAAAGACACCAC